AUGGAAACUACUCAGGAACAAGCUAGACCUGCACCCUCCAUCAGAAUCACAAGAUCUGCAGCAAGAGCUUCAAGUAUGUUUGCUGCCCUUUCUGAUGAUGAUUUAACUUUGCUUGAUGCAACCCUUGAUGCAACCCAUCCUGAACCAUCACCAAUUCAUCAACAAAUCUCUCACCCUUCACCCCCUAGAGACUCCUUCUUUCAACCUACCAUUGAGGACGAACCCCUUUGGAAAAUGCUUCAAGCAAACAAACCCUCUGCCUCCACUACACCUAUCAUUCUUCCAUACCAUUCAGAAACCUCUGAACCACAAGCCUCUGAACAACAAACCUCCACACCACAAGCCUCUGAACCUCAAGACUUUGAUAAAACCACUACCAAUCCACAAUCACGUCAUCCAUCUGAUCCUGACAACCUCUCUCGUACUCCAUUUUCUUCUCCAUCCAACAAGUCAGAAGCCUCUAGGCAAUUCUUUCAAAUUGCUAGAGAAAUGCUCUCUGAAAUCCCUGAGCAUUUCAUCAAUGUUCCUAGUCCUCGCCGCUACCCUGGACCUAGGCUAGAACCUCUGGUUCCUCCUGAUUUCCCCAUCCAGGCAAUUCCUAUUGCCUCAAUGCCUCCUCCUCCUCCUCCUCCUCAUCCUCCUUCUCCUCUUCAAGAGAAUGUUGAGUCAGUCUCCAACCAUUCACCAGAUAACACACAUAAUCCCGAGACUGAAACUCUUCAACCAAACCUUGAGACCAAUAACUCUGCACAUCAGACUCUGCAUAUUGUUCCUGCUGAGCCUAAGGAUGUCUUUGCUCCACGGUAUGUUGCAGCAGCUGAUGCACCUAGGGAUGCCGAGACGGAGGGGCGUGGAGAUGCACUGGAGGUAAGGGCUCCUGUGAAGAAGCGCCAGAGACAGUGCGGUUGGCUCGACGAGUGA